AUUUUUUUCCGCGAGUUUUCAUUGAAGUCCAAUCCAUAUUUCGACAAAAAUAAUUUUUUGCCUAAUUAAUUAGACUUUUUUUUCGAGUGUGAACAUUUUGUGUUGUGUGUGCAUCGAAGAAGAAAAUAAAGAAAAUCGGUUGUGCCAAAAGUACUUCAUCAUGUGUUCGGACAAGUGUUGUGUUGUCGGCACUGUGAUAACAGCUGUUCUGGUGUUUUUAGUUGGUCUCUCGGUGUUUAUUAUCGCGCCAAUUAUAUUUAUGUCUAGUGUGGGGAUUCAGAAAAGUCUUGUUUUUCCAGCAAAUAAAAUAGGACCGAUAAACCAUUUAAUUACGGACGACUAUCGUAUAACAGGAGUAAGAAAUAUGUAUAUUGAUGUCCCUAAUGAUGGUAAUACUGAAAAUGUAACAUUGGGAUUGUGGCAAAUUUUGCCUCAAGAAAUUGUUAGUGAUAAAAUGAAAGACGACGAAUAUAAUUUCGAUGGUGUUUUGUCCAAUGAAAAACACAAAAUUUUAUUGUACCUACAUGAUAAUCGGUCUGACCGAACCAAAUUCAUAAAGUUAUAUAAAAUUUUAAGGGAAUUUUUCCAUAUAUUUGCCAUUGAUUAUAGAGGCUAUGGGGAUUCUACAGGAAGCAACCUCACAGAAACCAACAUGGUAAAUGAUAUGAAAUGUAUUUUUAAAUGGAUACAGGAGAGAAGCAAAUCGAAAAUUUUUGUUUGGGGGCAUUCAUUGGGUGCUGGAAUAGCUACCCAUUUAAUUGCAGAGCUCAAAAAAGAACAUAUCAAUGCUAUUGGUUUAGUUUUAGAGGCACCAUUUACAUCUGUGAUUGAUGUUAUGAAAACCCAUCCUGUAGUCAAGUUUUAUUCAAUUAUUCCAUGGAGACAAGCCACAAUAUUGAAUCCUAUCAAAAAUAACGAUAUGAAUUUUGAUUCUAAAAGCUAUAUUAAAGACGUAGAUUGCCCUAUUAUGAUAUUACACGCUGAAGAUGAUGAGAUUAUACCUUUCAAAAUGGCUACAGAGUUAUACGACACUGCAAUUAAUAAGAGAAAUUCUACAUAUCAAGGCAAUGUUACUUUUCAUUUGUAUCCUCCCGAAGGAAAGGGCCAUAUGUUGUUGUAUUCGGAACCUGAUCUUUCAGAGCAAGUCAGAUUGUUUAUCAAGCAAUGUCUCGAAUUUAGCAACAAAAAUCAGUGAAAUGGCUACAACUUUUGAGAUUGGAUCGUACAAAAUACCUUAUUAUUUGAAAACUAUGUAUUCCUUUUUUAUUAUUGUUUUAUAAUAUAUAAUCCUUCCUAGCAA